AUGUAUUUCGAUCGAUACGACGUACACAAAGUGUCCUAUGUCGAUUACGUUUGUGGUUGGAAUCAAAAAAUUAUGAAGUUUAUGGGGAUUUGGCCAGACGAAAGAGGAUUCGCCUAUGCGUCCAGCUACAAAGUGUUAUUCCCAAUUGGUUUGAUGUUCCUCUUUAUUUCCUUACCACAAACAACCAAUCUCUACUUUAUUUGGGGUGACUUCGACUUGAUCGUGGAGAAUCUUUCGGUGGGAAACAUGACCACCACAAUUGCUAUUUUGAAGACUGCAACUUUUUGGUCCAACGGGAGAUAUAUGAAAUUACUUCUAUCGCGCAUGGAAAAUGAUAGAAAGGAAGCUACAACGGAAGAAAACGUAAAGAAAAUGAUGAGGAUCGCUGAUAUCAGCAGGAAGAUAACAGCUGGAAGUAUCAUAAUGUGUAACAUUCUUGUCAUAACUUAUGUGAUAUUAAGAACCCUCUUGUUACCAUAUACGGGACGAUCUUUAUAUUAUCGUGGUUAUUUUCCAUACGACAGUCGUACCUUUCCAAAUUUCGAAUUGACCCUGAUUGCACAAAUUACAGCAGCAGUUUACACAGCCAAUAAUUACACAGCUGUCGAUACUUUCAUGACCAUGUUGAUGUUACACGUGUGCGGCCAAAUUUCGUGUCUCAGAAAAACAUUGACCAGGUUGUGCUCCGAAAAUAACAAUAAUUUUCGAAUCGAUCUACGAAGGAUUGUUGAAAAAUAUGAUAUGCUUAACAAAUAUGCUGAGAUAAUAGAAGACAGAUUCAAUGGCAUCUUGCUUAUCCAAAUGCUUGGAUGUACGGUACAACUCUGUGUACAAUGGUAUCAGGCGAUUUCGGCUCUUGUGGACAACGAUCAAGGUCUCUUGAUAGUCCGACUAUUCUUUUUUGCUGUAUACACGACAUACGUUAUGCUUCACAUCUAUCUAUAUUGUUACGUCGGCCAGAAACUUUUUUCCGAGGGAACAAAAAUGGCUUAUGCCGCGUACGAUUGCAGCUGGUACAACCUGUCGCCGAACGAAGCUAAAUAUCUUACUAUAAUAAUGUGUCGAGCACAAAUAUCGUCACGCAUUACAGCAGGAAAAUUUUGUACCUUCAAUCAUGAGCUUUUUGGCAAGAUUUUAAAAACAUCCAUGGGUUACUUGUCGGUCCUAUAUGCGAUGAAAACCAAAGAUAUCCAUUAA